AUGUCAGAGGAGCCAUUUUAUCAAAAGCAGCAUGAUAUGCUCUUGUUCUUGGUCGAUCACUACAAUCUUGCGAUGGUCGACAGCGCUGGCCGCGUGGCAUGGAACAUUCCUGCAAUAAUAGAGCUUCUCAGACACUCGUUGCAGGUCUGGGAGCCUCUUUACCACCUGCUUUUCAUCACUACUCACAUUUCCUCUUGCGGUACGCAGUUCAUAGAUCACAAAGUCAGCAACGUGGACAGGCAUCGCAACCUGUUCAUGCAGGUGAACGAAAUGUUUCUGAUAACCAGCUACAGCAAAAAGACCGGCAUAACAGAUCGCGACUCAUGCACCCCCGGGUUCAUGCCCAAGGAGAUCGCCCUAUGCGUCCUCAAAAUGCUGGGUGGGGACUUAUGCACCGCCGAAGCUAUCCUGGCCAGCAUUGUGUACGGCGCGGAUGCAGAACAUCUUUACAGGACAUGA